CCGCUUUUCACAUGAUUUGCAAAAUUUGUUUUUGAAAUAAGUUUUGAAAAAUUAAAUUCAUAUUCAUUUGUUUGUCAAACAACUGAAGACACCGGAGGAAUGUCCAAAGCCGGCGACUCGACGGACAGAACACCACUUCAUUGGGCCUCAAGUGAUGGCAAACGAGAACUGGUCUUCAAACUGAUCCAAGAAGGCGCUGACAUCGAGGCCACCGAUGAGAUGGGUUGGACACCACUCAUGAUCGCCGUCUCCGCCGGACACCAACCGGUCGUCGAGUUGUUGGCGGAGAAGAAGGCGGACGUGAAUGCCGUCAACAGUACGGGUCAGUCGGCGCUCCAUUACGCGGCCUCUAAGGACAGGCUGGCCAUCGCUAAGUACCUGAUCGACAGCGGCUGUCACAUCAAUCUUCGCGAUAAACUGAAUCAGACACCACUUCACAGGUCCGCCUCAAAGGGUAACCAAAAGAUUGUUGAACUGCUGUUAAGUCGACCGGACAUCCAAUUGAAUCCGCAGGACGUGGUCGGCAACACUCCUCUGCAUUUGACGUGCGAAGAGGAGCGCACAGAAGUGGCCAAAAUGCUGAUCAAAGCCGGCGCCCGCACUGACAUCCAGAAUAAGGACAAAAAGUUUGCUUUCGAUCUCUGUUUCAACGAAUCGGUGAAGCGUUUGCUAAAUAAUUACAGCAAAGAAUGUCAACAAACUUAGCGAACAUUAGUUCCAAACAAUUAAUUUCUAAACUAUUUUUGAAUAUUAAUGGACUGCGAAAAAGUAUAAUCAGUGAUUAUUAAUCA